AUGGGGAAUCAGUUGCGGCACGGUGGUGAUGUGAAGGGUUUGGUGGAUAGUUUGGAUUAUCUGCAGGGGAUGGGCAUCAAGGGAAUUUAUAUUGCAGGAACACCGCAUAUUAAUAUGCCUUGGGGCGCAGAUGGUUACUCUCCUCUUGAUCUAACCCUUCUCGAUAGACACUUUGGAGAUAUUGAGGAAUGGAGGAAGGCCAUCACCGAGAUCCAUGCCCGGGAUAUGUACGUUGUCUUGGAUUGCACCGUGGCUACUAUGGGUGACUUGAUCGGCUUCGAGGGUUACUUGAACACAACAACACCCUUCACCUUGAACGAACAUAAAGUCCAGUGGAAAAGUGAUAGGAGGUACCGCGACUUCGAAAUCAGCAACAACUACAAGGAGGAGUGCAACUACCCGCGAUUCUGGCAAGAGACUGGCAGCCGCGUGUAUCCUCCUGUCAAGGGCUGCUACGAUGAUGAUUUUGACCACUACGGCGACACCGAGGCCUUCGGUAUCUUCCCAGACUGGCAAAGACAACUCUCCAAAUUCGCCUCUGUGCAGGAUCGUCUGCGAGAGUGGAAACCGAGCGUGGCCCGCCGCAUCGAACACUUCGCCUGCAUAACCAUCGCAAUGCUCGACAUCGACGGCUUCCGCAUCGACAAGGCAACGCAAAUCACCGUGGAUAUGCUCGGUGACUGGUCCGACUCGGUCCGGCAGUGCGCUCGCAGGUUCGGUAAAGAGAACUUCUUCAUCCCGGGAGAGAUCACGGGUGGCGAUACCUUCGGGUCUAUUUACCUGGGCAGAGGCCGGCAGCCGGAUAUGCGACCGGUGGACGUCAAGGAGGCAUUCUCGCUCACCGGUGAUUCCGAUAAUAAGUAUUUCAUCCGCAAGGAGGGGAAGAAUGCACUCGAUGCCGGCGCGUUCCAUUAUUCCGUUUACAGAUCUUUGACCAGGUUCUUGGGGAUGGACGGUAACUUGACGGCUGGAUUCGACACGCCGGGGAACUGGGUGGAUAUGUGGAACACUAUGGCUGUCAGCAAUGACUUGGUCAACGCGAAUACAGGACAACUCGAUCCGAGACAUAUGUACGGCGUCACGAAUCAGGAUGUGUUCCGCUGGCCCGCAAUUAAAAAUGGAGAGCACAAGAUGUUAUUGGGUCUGUUCAUUACAACCUUGGUCAUGCCUGGUAUUCCAAAGCUUCUCUGGGGUGAAGAACAAGCGAUGUACUUACUAGACAACACCGCCGACAACUACAUCUUCGGCCGUCAGGCAAUGUCUUCCGCCCUUGCGUGGCAGAACCACGGAUGCUACAAGCUUGGUUCCUCGCAGUACUUCAACUUCCCACUUGAUAAAGCGCUUCGAGGCUGCGAGGACGACUGGAACAGUCUUGAUCAUCGCGAUCCUAGCAAUGUCAUUCGCAACGUUCUCAAAGCGAUGUACCAUAUGCGCCUUUCGUUUCCAACUCUGAACGACGGUUUCCAGCUCGAGCAGCUUUCAAAUCUUACCCAAGAAAUUUUCCUCCCCGGUUCCGGUACCACGCCAACGGAAACAGGUAUCUGGUCCGUUGUCCGUGGCAACUUCGAUGGGGUCCAGAAUCUGGGUGAACUCAGUGGAGGCGGUAACCAGAGCGUCUGGUUGGUCUUCUCGAACAAUAACAAGACGACAGAGUUCGAAUUCGACUGCGAUGAUGCGAACAAGAACCUCCUAGCACCCUUCAAGCAGGACACUGUCGUGCAGAAUUUGUUCUUCCCGUAUGAGGAGUACACGCUUAAGGCAUCCAAGAAGGAGUUCUUCGUGGACUCGGUGAAGGAAUUCCGUGGGUGUCUGGAUAGCCUCGAAAUGCCAGCAUGGGGCUUCAAAGCCCUCGUUCCUAAAGAGAAAUUCGUGGGAAAUCGUCCCUCAAUCACGAAAUUUUCGCCAGGUCACGACGCCCGCAUCGUCUCCAAAGUCGCCCCUGGCAAAUCCCAAGACGUGGAAAUCGGCUUAACAUUCACCCACGAGAUGGACUGCGACAACCUAAAGGAGGUAAUAAGCAUCUCUUCCAGAACCGAACGUCCCGAAGAAAAAGCCCGAUUCGAAGACAUGCGCUGCGAGAAAGCGCAAAACAUCACAAGGCCCAAAACCGUGGGCGCACCACCAGGAGCCUUCACAUUCAAAGCGACGCUGAAAAACGUCUAUGAGGGAAUCCACACAGUCACUGUGCGCAACGCCAGCGCCGACAGCGGAAGGUUCUACACCUCGGCAAUUGAUCACUUCCUUUUCCGCAUCGGACAGCGUGAUAACCCGAUUGUCUUCCCUCGCACAGCGAAUUACACCUUGGGCCUGCUGCACAAGGAGGGCGAGCGCUUCUACGUUUCGCAGAAAGCGGCGGGGGCAGAUUUAUUCCGCUACUCGACGAAUUGGGGUUCCAGCUGGAGCGCUUGGCAAAACUACCGUGGUGGGAACUUCACGAUUGACCGGCAAUCCUGGUCUGGCACGAAGAAGCAGAAAUGGAAAGGGGAGCACAUCAUCAUGCAGUAUUGGAGUGAGCCAGCAGGUUCAUCGGAUCAUAUCCAGCAUGCGGACUUUGGUCUUCCGUCAAACUUCCCCGUGUCUAGGCGGUUCCCGCACUUGUUCCUUCAUGGCCCGUUUAAUCUCUAUGGGUACGACGCGGGGACUAAGAAUGAGAUGAAGUUGCUCAAAGACGGGAAGUGGAAGUUUGACUUUAUGGCUGAGUGGCCGACCAGGUUCCAUUUCAACGUUUGGGGAAUGAACCGAGACGGGAAGCCGGAUUCUACAUUUGUCUAUGGAGAUAUUAAUAGAGACGGGGUACUAGACCGCAUGCCUCCGUCCUCCCUCGCCGAGAGCGUAGUAAAUGUCACAGCCGCACCGCCGAAAGGAUACCUAUCAUACCGCAUCAUCCUCGAUGACGGAACAUACAACUACCGCAUGAUCCCCGCGGGCUCCAGCACGGUCCAGAUCAUAAUCUUCGCACUACUGUUCGCAGUCCCGGUGCUCUCGGGUUUCGUCGCUGUAUGGACGUUCGUGGCGGGCUUCUACCAGGUCAAGACGAACACGAAGGGGAUAGCCAUAAAACGCAACAUUCUCCCCAUCGCAUUGGCGAAAUCAAUGUUUUAUUCCCGCCUGAAUAGCUCCAGCGCCGCUGUCACCAACGAAAAGGGAGAAGCGGAGACAGGCGUAGACUCAUCGGAGUUGACGACAGCUGGUCAGAAGCGGCCAUCGGUACUCAUCGCGACACUGGAGUACGACAUCGAGGACUGGGCCAUCAAGAUCAAAAUCGGAGGGCUCGGUGUGAUGGCGCAGUUGAUGGGGAAGAACCUUGGACAUCAGGACCUUAUUUGGGUCGUCCCCUGCGUGGGAGGGGUGGACUACCCCGUCGACACCCCCGCAGAAAGUAUCGAAGUCACCAUCCUAGGCCAAGUUUAUGUCAUCGCCGUGCAAUACCAUAUUCUGAAUAACAUCACAUACGUCCUCCUCGACGCGCCGGUCUUCAGAAAGCAGACAAAGGCAGAACCGUACCCCCCGCGCAUGGACGACCUCGAGAGUGCAAUCUUCUACUCCGCGUGGAACCAGUGCAUCGCGGUAGUUAUAAAGCGCUUCCCUAUAGACCUAUACCACAUCAACGACUACCACGGCGCUCUCGCACCCGUGCACCUGCUCCCGGAGACAAUCCCGGCGGUGCUCUCCCUCCACAACGCAGAGUUCCAGGGCCUCUGGCCGCUCCGCACACCGAAAGAGAAGAAGGAAGUAUGCUCGGUUUUCAACAUUUCCCAGGAGCUCUGCGAGAAGUAUGUCCAGUUCGGUGACGUCUUUAACCUCCUCCACGCCGGCGCUUCAUAUUUGCGCGUCCACCAGCGCGGCUAUGGAGCCGUAGGGGUUUCGGCAAAGUACGGCAAGCGCAGUUGGGCCCGGUAUCCCAUUUUCUGGGGACUUUCUGGGGUCGGGGAAUUGCCGAACCCGGAUCCGACGGAUACAGCGGAUUACGACCCCAGUCAGCGGAAAAGUACAGAGACGGUUGUGGAUGCGCAAUUUGAAGCUGGGAGGGCAGAGUUGAAGCGCCAGGCUCAGGAGUGGGCUGGUCUGGAACAGAAUCCUGAUGCCGAAUUACUGGUGUUUGUGGGGAGGUGGUCGAUGCAGAAGGGGAUUGAUCUGAUCGCUGAUGUGGCGCCGCAGUUGCUCAAAGAGCAUAAGAAUUUGCAGUUGCUGUGCGUUGGCCCGGUUAUUGAUCUUUACGGGAAGUUUGCUGCUAUGAAGUUGCAGAGGCUUAUGGAAUUUACUUCUCUACCGCCGUUCAUUUUUAGUGGCGCCGAAUUCGCAUUAAUCCCCUCUCGCGAUGAACCCUUCGGUCUGGUCGCCGUUGAAUUCGGCCGCAAGGGCGCGCUCGGGAUCGGUGCCCGUGUCGGUGGUCUUGGGAACAUGCCGGGAUGGUGGUUCACCAUUGAAUCGACAACACCUGCUCAUCUCCUAGCUCAAUUCGAAGCUGCAAUUCGCGAAGCCCUUUCAUCGCCGCUUGAGGUUCGCGCACGCAUGCGGGCUACUUCUGCUAAGCAGCGCUUCCCAGUAAUGGUCUGGGUGAAGCAGCUCGAAAGACUUCAAGCGGGUGCGAAGCGGUAUACUCGUAUUUUGAGUGCUGCUCCUUCCGAAUUAAGUUUACAGCCCCCCAGGCCGGCCUAUCUCACAGAGGGACAGCUGACACCCCCGCCCGGAGAAUUUGGAUCGUCUUCCGAGUCUGACAACGAGAUUACUCCCGCCGAUCAAUUGCUACCACCCCCACCUAGGGCUCAGAUCUGGAGCUCUGAAUCCGCAAACUCUUCAACGCUAAGUCUUGCCACUGUUGUCGGGGAGCGAAGAGACUACUGCCUCCAGCAGGUAAACGCAAACUUCACCGACGCUGACGGGAGUGCCUCGAAAGCCUUCGAGCAAGAACUCGCCCGGAUAGAUGAGAAGUCUGGAAGGGUCGAUCUCUGUAUCGAAGAGUACCUUAUGAAGUGGGAGAAGAAGUGGUUCAAUGAGAUGAGGUUGCGGAAGCUGGGGAUGAGCUCUCCAAAUAUCUCCCGCUCCGAUGUUACUACUAUGGCGGAGGGGUCAAGGAGCGCUAGUCCUUCUGGCUGGGAUGAUUUGAUGGAGGUACAGGGUUUCAAGCCGCCGACGGGUUUGAAAAGAUUCAUGAUGAGGAAGAUUGGGGAUUGGCCAUUGUAUAGCUUUUUCUUAGCGAUUGGCCAAAUAAUAGCAGCAAACUCCUACCAAAUCACCCUCCUGACGGACCAGGUCUCCUUGACGGCCGACCGUCUCUACGUGAUCUGCUCAAUCUACAUUGGCGCCUCAAUAGCAUGGUGGUUCGUCUUCCGCCACCUAAAGUCCGUCUGGUGCCUCUCUCUCCCGUUCGUCAUGUACGGGCUUGCAUUCUUCCUCGUUGGGCUGUCUGUCCUGCCACCGCUGUUCCAGCGCAGGUACUGGCUCGGUAACGUCGGUACGGGAUUCUACGCUGCGGCUUCGGCCAGUGGAUCGCUAUACUUUGCCCUCAAUUUUGGAGACGAAGGCGGUAGUCCUGUCAAGGAUUGGGUGUACCGGGCUUGCCUCAUCCAGGGUACACAGCAGAUCUAUGUAGUUGCGUUGUGGUACUGGGGAUCUAAACUCACCUCCCGGGCCGUGGAUGGUGUGCUCCAGGACAGUGCCCCGAGCCCACUCAUCGCGGCGAUAAUUAUCCCGCUUGCUGUCGCUUUUUGGGCGAUUUCCCUCAUCCUAUGGUUUGGACUGCCAGACUACUACCGCCAACUCCCCGGUAAAGUGCCCGCCUUCUACAGCGCCAUCCUCCGCCGCAACAUCGUGAAAUGGUUCUUCGUCGCCGUCGUCAUACAGAAUUACUGGCUGUCCGCGCCUUACGGUCGGAAUUGGACGUAUCUCUGGAGCAGCACGCACGUCUCGCAAUGGAAGAUCGCGCUAUUGGUAGUCCUCUUCUUCAUCAUCAUCUGGGCCGGCAUACUCAAACUCUUCGCCAUCCUCUCGAAAGAGCACUCCUGGAUCCUCCCCGUCUUCGCUAUCGGUCUUGGCGCCCCGCGUUGGUGCCAGAUGUUCUGGGGCAUCUCGAAUAUAGGUGUGUAUCUUCCGUGGACUGGCGGCCCAGAGGCCAGCGCUCUCAUCGGACGUUCGCUCUGGCUCUGGCUAGGGGUGCUCGAUUCAAUUCAGGGAGUCGGUCUCGGGAUGAUCCUCCUGCAAACCCUUACCCGCAUGCACGUUGCUUUCACGCUCAUCGGGGCCCAGGUUUUUGGGUCACUGGCUACAAUCGCGGCCAGGGCUACCGCUCCGAAUAAUAUCGGUCCCGGGGACGUGUUCCCGGACUUUACCUCUUGGAGAUUCGGUGAGAGUGCGGAGGUUUUCGGCAAGAUUUAUUUCUACGUCGGGCUCGGAUUUCAGAUCCUAGUUUGUGUGGGAUAUUUAAAGUUUUUCAGGAAGGAGCAGUUGACAAAGCCCUAA